AUGAAAUCCCAGAGACGUGAGCUUGGCUUUGGAUUAAGAGAUGGAUAUGCAGCCUGCUUCACAUACUUUGACCUAACCAACCACGCCCAUGUGACCCUGAGAGGUCCAGCCCCAGGAUGAACUCAGCUCAGAGAGACAACGGACAACAGAACUGACACGGCUGGGCCCUCAGGGUUUGGGAGCAGUGCUGGAGCCCAAGCUCUUCCUCACCGAGAGAGAGGACAAAGCCGACAACAGAUCAUGGAGCCCCCCUCAGCCCUUCUCCCAACGCGUGUCCCCUGGCAGGGGCUCCUGCUUACAGCCUCACUGCUAGCCAUCUGGAACACCCCUACUGCUGCAGAUCCCACUGUUGAGUUGGUGCCACCUGCUGCCCUUGAAGGGGAGACCGUCCUUCUACUCGCUCACAAUCUGCCAGACAACCUAUUAGCCUAUCACUGGUUCAAAGGAAAGCGGUCAAUAGACAAAGAUCUAAUUAUAAUAAUGUCACCUUGAAGCAAUCUGGAAUCUACCACCUAAAUAUCCAUUCUGCAGAUGGCCAAAGUUCAGUGUUUGCAGAAGUCUUUGUGUACCCUCUGUUAAGCAAACCCUCCAUAAGAAGUAACAGGACCACUGCCAUGGAGGGUCAGGACACUGUUGAGUUAACUUGUGAACCUCCCUUCCGGAAAACAAUCUACCUUUGGCAUCUAAACGGUAAGAAGCUUCACGUUGGUAACCAUGCCAUCCUGUCUCGGGGUAACACAACUCUCACUCUGCUCAAGGUCUCUAGGCAUUUCAGAGGACGCUAUGAGUGUGAAGCUAAGAACCCACUGAGUGCCUUCCAAAGUGACCCAUUCACUCUGGAUGUUUUCUAUGGUCCAGAUACCCCCGAAAUAUUUCCCCCAGACAAAUACUUUGAGGAAGGUAGGAGUAUGUGGCUCUUCUGCCAAACAGUGUCUCACCCCAAAGCACACUAUUCCUGGAAUAUCAAUGGAGAACCCUGGAACUCUAGACAAGAGGUCUCUAUCCACCAGGUUGGCCGAAGUAAUAACGGACUGUACACCUGCCUCGUCACUAACCCAGCAACUGGCCGCAAUAAUUCCAAAGUCAAAGAAGUUAUAAUAGUUGAGAAAUUGCCAAAGCCCCAUAUCCAAGUCAAAAACGAAACAGUCUUAGAACAUCAUUUUGUGGACCUAACCUGCAUAUCAGAAAAUACUGGAGUUUCCGUCUGGUGGACAUUCAACAAUCAGAAGCUGGAGGCCACAGACAGGGUGACAUUCUCCUGGAACAACAGAAGGCUCACCAUAAACCCAGUCACAAAGGAGGACGCCGGGGCAUACCAGUGUGAGGUCUCCAACCCCCUCAACACCAGGCUGAGUGAUCCAGUCAAGCUGGCUGUGCUCUAUCAACCGACAAAAAGUUACCUAUUGUCACCCCCGCUUCUGGCUAGCUUGGUUGCUGAAGUUCUGGCUGGGCUGGCUAUCCUAGGAGCCCUGGCGUAUUUCGCGUUUUUCAAGAAACUUGACAAUCGGGAAAACCACAACAGAAUACAACAUAGGAAGAAACGAAAGAACUGGGAGAGAAAAGAGCAGCAGAGAAAGGCAAGAAGUAACAACAUUCUCGGUGAGGACAAGCUGACACUGUCCACCCAAGCCCUCAGUUGCUGUAGGUCCUCACCCCAUCCCAGCCAUGGGAGAACAGGUCACGGGCCCCAGGACAACUCUCCUCAUGAGUGAGAGGUGGAUGACAUCACAUACUCUGUCAAGAACACCAACACCUAGCAACCCAAAUGGCCAACUUCAGCCCCCAGGCUAUAGCAGUCAUGGAACCGG